UUCAACAUGUCAACAUGGCGGAUUCAUUUUUUGGAUUCAACACUCAGAUACCCUCUUAUGAGGACGAGGAUUUAGCCGUUGUUGACCCGAGUUUAGCGAAUUUGGAAGAUGACAUCGACCUCUUGAAUGAUGAUACAUUUGGAACUGGUGCUUCGGUGGAUGAUUGGGAAGAAGCCCACCGUAAACUAGCAGGACUAGAUCUGCAUGGAGAGGACAAACCAGCAUGGAAUGAUGAGCUGUCUAGAAAGAAACUCAAGGCAGACGAUGAUACCAACUUAGAAGAGGAAGAGGAAAUUCUUGAACAGUGUUUGGCUAAACUGGUUGAUGAGGAUGAUUUAGAAGAACCUAAUAAAGCCUAUGCCGCAACUGGUUAUAAGGAUAUUCCAGCCCCAUCAGUAAUUUCAUCAGCAUGGGAUGGAUCAUCUCCUUUGUCUAGCCCAACAUCAUCAGACUCCCUUCAUGACUUGAUAAAUCCAGCUACGAAUAUCUGGGCUUCACCUGACCAUUCACAAAUUUUCAAGGAAACAGCUAAUGCCACUCCAAAGAGUGUUCAGAGUAGUGAUAAGAAACCAAACAGGCGACCAUACUCACCAGCAUUUGAGGUGAGAGGCACGGAUGACGCCAUUAUUGAAGCUCUGCCGAAGCCAACUGAAAAUCUUCUCCCACCAAGCAGCUUUACAAAGAAAGUUCCCACAACUGCAAUUCGACUGGAGGAUUUAGAAAAAGAGUUCACAAAUGAGAGCCCUCAUUCCAUGGGCCAGCAAGAAACACCACGCCCUUCAAUGAUUGGUCGUCCACCCCCAGGUCUGCCCCCACCCCCAAUGAUGAGGUCACCUCAGGUACUCCAUGGGUAUCCUCCAAUGCCGUUUCCACAACAUGCAUCUCAAAUUUAUCCCAGAGCUUCCUCACCUGGACCUGGUUUGAGGCCAUUUCCAAGGACCCCUCAGAUGUUCCAGAACCAGCAGAUGUACAACAAACAGCCACUUCCACCUGGUAUGGGCCACAGGCAAGGUUAUCCGGGAACUCCACCACCUCGCAUGCAAAACCAAUUGUUUGGAAAGAUGCGUUCUGAUCCUGCUCACUUGAUGCGUCGACUUGGACUUCCUAAUCAACCCAGGUUCUCCACACCACCGAGCAACUAUCAAAACCCCAACAUGCGUUCUCCUUACCCUGAUAACAGAUACAUGAAUCAACGGUACAACAACUACCCUAAACAGCACCAACAACAACAGCAGCAAAACCAGCAUCAACCUACAGAUCUGGAAAAAAAGAUCCACAGUAUUUUGACAGCUGAUGAGAACUUGAAUAAUAAGGAUCGCUAUGCUGGGCUGAUGACUAGAAAGGAAAAGGAAUGGAUUAUCAAGAUACAAUUACUGCAGCUAACCAGCAGCAACCCAAACAUGGAUGAUUAUUAUUUUCAGACGCAUGAAAGUAGGAAGCGAGCUAAAGAAAGAGCCAAACGAGGAGAAGGUGUAGAAUUUCAGUACACUGGAGGACAGACUCAACAAAUGGCCUUGCCUCAGUUUGAUCGUGAGGAGAGACAUUACAAACCAUUGGAUUUCCAGAAUACCUUGGGUAAAGUAUCAGCAUCACACAUAUCUCAUCCGCGAGAAAUGGUCCAAGUACCCAAUAAUUACAAAGAUUUGGACCAGGAAAAAGGAACCCAAGGUUCUUCAAUUAAAGAGACAAGACGUCGCCGCCGGAUCAUGAUAGUCAUAGAUAAAGCAUAUGAUAUUCAACUCCAACUUGAUGAUCUUGAUAGCAAGCUCCUAGAGUCUCCUGCUGAGCAAAGUAAUAGUAUAAUGGAGGCAAAGCAGGAUAAGGUAGACAAACUUUUCCAGUUACUGAAGUUGAACGCACAAGACGAGUUGUCCAAUAAUGAUGCAGAGUUAAUCAUUCAAGUGAUGUCUGUUCGCAAAGGAAAAGUCCUUAUCAGUCGACUACUACAUUACUUCAAACAGGCCCAGGCAGAAGCUAUUUUGCAGUCAAUUUGUAGAAACAUUGUCAUGGUGAUAAAGAAAGACAACCAAGAUGAGCUUCUUCCACUUCUUAUCAAUCCAUUGGGACGAGUGGUUGACGUGGCAACAGCAGAGGUUGUAUUCCGGUCACUAAAGUACGUAGUUUAUGGUAAUAAUGACCCAGCCUCGCCGCUUUCAUCAGUAUUAGCCAAUCAGUUUGGCAUCGCUGUGCUCAGUUCAUUGCUGAAGAAGGCAAAUUCAUCAACUUUUCCUUCAGAUAAUAAAGAGGAAUACCCCAAAACUUGGGACGCUAUAGUCAGUCAAGUAGCAAAGGAAUUUAGUGACGUUCCAGUCAAACUACUGGCUAAGAAUAUGUCUGGAGUAACACCACUUGUUACUGUUCUGGGCUCAUGUGAUGUGGCUUAUGACAAGAGCAGUCUACAGGAACAUUACAGGUUGGCUUUAUCAACGCGAGAAGAGCUUAAAUCAUGAAUUCUACAGUUUGAGGUGUAUACGUACGUAGUUGUUUGAUUAGAAAUCCUUUCAAAAUGAUUAGAAUGCAGUAAAAUUCCCUCAUGCUGAACAAAAAAUAUUCUGAAAAUGAUAGGGGGUACCUCUAUUUCAGGAAAUUUCUAACUCUUUCCGUCGUCAUUUUGUUGUCACAAAAUGGUGAUGAAACUGCAAAUGACUUCAGUUUAUUUUUUCGCCGAAAAAAUAAUUUAGAAGUUUCUCGAAAUUCUGUAACUCAACUUCGUCCAAAGUGUCAGUGUGUACACUAACACAAUGGUGUCGCAAAGACAGGUUGCUAUGAUAUUCGGGGAUUUAAACUCUUCAAUUUCGAUCCGACGGAUCAUUUUUCCUCCUUCAAUUAUUUGGUUCCAUCGUCGAGAAAAAAAAAUUGUCGAUGUAAAUAGAAUUUCUAUGGGCCUUGAAUCUGAAAUAUAAAUUCUAAGGCCCCGUCCACACGUAUCCCCAAAUUUUUGUAUCCGCAAAUUUUUUUUUUGCGGACACGGGUUGCGUCCACACGUGUCCAGAAAUUUUUUUAUCCGUAUCCGGAAAUUUUCGAAAACGGUCU